AUGCCAGGCAUCUCCAAGAAGCCUUCUUUCAACGCGCAGCAGGCGGGCAGUCCUCACGUCUCGCCUCACAAAAAGACGGUGCGACUGGCGGAGAACCCUCAUGUCUCGGCUUUCCUCUCUCCUAAAUCGCGUAUCUUUACCGGUGGUCAUGGAUACCCCGGUGUUCCUACACGAGGCAAUGGUCCUGCCUCGUCUGCUUCUACGGGUACUGCUGGUGGCUUUGGUGCGUCUUCUGCUUCGUCCGAGGCCUUUUCAAUCGCUGGAAAGCAGCUCACUCCGGAAGAGGUCGCUCAGAAGAUCGCUUCCAUGCUCAAACCGGGUCCUCCCUUCUUCAGUCGCGUUUCAAACGCCGAUUUGAUCGAUUACAUCUCAGAUACGAGCAUCAUGAACUGCGAUAAGCUCAGGGCUCAGGCGGCAGCAGUGGAGGCAAAGAAACAAGCCAAUCGCGCUGCGGCUUCGUUCGCUCCUUCUGGCACCGUCGUCCGUCGCAGGGCCGAAGAAGAAAGCUGGACAGGAGUGGGAACGGUUUGGUCGAGCCUCGAUGGUUUGCCUGCCGGUGCUGGGUGGAGUCGUAUUCCUGGUACGCCUGGCAGUCAAACUGGAUCGACCCUCUCAACCAAAUCUACCAGCAGCACCGGCGCUCUGCAAGACGAUGGCCUGUGGAACGCUAUCACGCUUUCGUGCGAUAUCGACUGCACCGCCGUUGAACUCGCCAAGAGCGUUGUGGUCCCUACACAGGAGUUGGAGAAGAACCACUUUUUCAACGGUAACACCCAGUGCCUGUUUGAUGAUAUCGGUGCGGGAGUCAAGUACAGAUUUGACAACCUCGUCGGGAAGGCUUCUUCGGGAGGGUUGCGUCACAAACAGUCGUCUUCCGCUCUGGGAAAUGGAGCAAGCAAAGUUGCACCCAACUACCUCUCCUUGUCCGCCUACACCGAUCCCAACAGUACCGCUUUCGGUGCGACUUCGUUCGAGCUCAAGUGGCCGAGCUGGAUGCCAUGGGGAAAGAAGCAGACAUCCACGCCUGCCAACAGUGACGCGUCCACGCCCACUAUGCCUGCAGAUGGCGGGGCAAAACGUGUGUGGGUGCCGAGCUCCACCAAAGUGUCGCUCCACGCUUCGUGGUGGGGCUACAACUUGUACCUGCCACAGCCAGUGCUCGACUCUCUCGACGGCGACGUGGAUGAAGCUGAGAAGAUCGCCAACUUGAUCAACAAGUGCUUGAACUACAUCCUGAACAACGUCCCCGCUGGCUUGCCGGCUAGCUUUGCCGCCGUGGUGACCAUCUUGAAGGCCAUCGCUCCUACCACGGGCUACAUCAGCACGUUUAUUGGCUGGAGCUGGGAUACCAUCAAGGGCUUUAACAAGGGUCAGGGCGUGGUUUUGAGUGCGACGUGGAUCUUACCCGUGGCGUUGAUUCCGCGAGCUUGGGAUGCUCCGAGUAGUUCGGCUGGGGGCAGCACACCAACUGCUCCCGCUGCGCCCACUCCAGCCACACCGUCUGAUGAUGCAUCCACCCCAACCCCAACCCCAACCACAGGCUCUGGCUCUGGCACCACAAUGACUGCUCAAGACACCUCGACCGCCGAUCCGGAAGACACGCCGUUACCGGACCCCACCAAACCUGCGGUUCCGGCCCCUGGCGCUACGCUACCACCCACAAACCCGUCCACCGUCUCGCUCGACUUUUCUCCACCCCCCUCGAACGAAACGUCAAACGCCAAAUACCCAGGAGACCAGUACGGCCGCGGUGGAGACCAAUCCACCUCCGCCCCCAUGGGCGACACCCCGGCUCCAGCAAACCAAACCCCAAUCGAUGCGGAAUCCUAA